CACCUUUCAUCCCGAUUCUUAGCCUAUUUGUGUCUUUCAACUGACUCUUUAAUGAGACAUACGAUAUACUGCAUACUACCAACCUACUGUAUUAUUUUAUUCAAGAUGGCAGCCCCGAGUGCUGCGUUUUAGAGGGUGUUGCCAUUUGUUGAAGUAUCACGAUGGCACCACCCUCGCGCUGCCUCUCUGUACCUCGAUUCUUUGACCAAUUGCCCUACUUAGUAGAUACACCAUAAAUCGAAUAACUUCCUGGACAACUCUUGUGAACGAUCUCAGUGAACCAUUACCGUUUUUACUAUUAUAUCCGAAAAUAGACUGUCGCGUAAUCACACUCGCAUUCUGCCCACGUGCAAAUUUGCAUCACCAUACAACCCGACAUACAUACAAGAUGCGUCGUAAAUUUGGCGCUGGAAAGGGUUCGCGGGCUGCGAGCGCAGCUCUGGGCCCAACUCCCAAAUCUUCAGCACUCACUACCCCACCCAGCUCAGCAUUUCCUUCGACGUAUGCUUCGGAAGCCGAGUAUGAUCUGAAUGACGAAGUCGCAAAUAUCCCCAUAGGUGCCCUUUCUUUAGAUGCAUCUUCGUCGACCCCCCGCAAAUCGAAACGCAUGAAGCAACCACCCUUUCGGUUUCUCGACCUCCCAUCCGAAUUACGCCUCAAGGUUUAUGGCUACCAUUUCGCCACAACUGGCGAUGUGCUUGACCUUGACCCCGAAAACCACAAGAGGAUCCAUCAGAAAUUGGCCAUUCUACGAACCUGCCGCACUAUAUACCUAGAAGCAUCGUAUCUCUUCUAUAGCACACACCCUGUUCGCAUCUUUCCUACGCACCCGGGGCGAUUCUUCAAGACAAAGAAGCCGCUCCUUGCGCGCAUGAAACCAAACCAACGAGCAUGUAUGACUUCACUGGAACUACGAUUGGGGCCGGGCUGGAGCAAGCCGCCUCGCGGGUGGGUGGUUAACCCUGGAUUGGGUCUGGCAGAUUGUACGAAUGUCACGAAGCUUACCGUCUUCAUCGAAUGCGAUCCGGGAAAUGACAUAUUCAGGGGGUUCCGUCAGCCAGACAACUUCUACGAGCGAUUCUCCAAGUCUUUGCUGUUGGAUGUUCUUGAGGAGAUGCCGUGGGUUGAGCGAAUCGAGUUCGAUGCAUGGCCUAGCGUUAAGAAGUCAGGGGCACUGAUGCGUGGACUGAUGGAACUCUCGACCUCACGAGGGCUCAGGAUUAUCUGGGGUAAGGAGAGGGGAUGGACGGAUGCGGAGGAGAUAGAACCGCAACCGGCGUUAAACCUCAAUGAUCCCCUUUUCAUUGACCACAGUAAUCCGGGUAUUAUGGUGGUUGUGUAGGACAAUGCACAAGUAUUUGGAUGGACUGCAACGCUCUAAGAUUGAGACUGAAAUUGAUGACCGACUAGAGCUAUGAGUGAUGAAUUCAAAGGGGCAAUUGGCCGUUUCUUAUUAUUAUUCCCUACCACUAUCUGCUCUAAUGGAUGUAUAUAGUGUAGCUGUGCGUGUACAAACACACCUCUCAUUUCUCCGGUAAUGGCUCUGACCUAGGGGGAUAACUAAAUGCUAUUACCAUUCUCCCUUCUAGUUGGUGUUAUGUAAAAUACUGGAAAUAUUUCAAGGUCGUAGAUAAUAGGUGACUGGCCACUAAUAUACUACGUGCUACUACAGAGGGUAUGUACGUAAUGACAAGAGGCUAAAUUGUUACCCAGAUGCAAUCUCUUACCUACUUCACUCUACUGUACUUGAAUUUGUACAUUAAGACUGCAUCGAUGAUGGAUCAUGGCAUAAUGGCAUAAGUAACGUUAUCACUUAUCAGCUCAGUUCCGUUAUCGUCGUAUUCUAGAUUUGCGACAGCAGCCCUGGAGCAUGAACUUCUAACCUAAGCUCUCCCAAUCCCACUAUUACGUACCUUUA